CUAUGAAUAUCUGUGAUUACCCGACCACGCUGCAGCUGCCAGUCAUCACACAUUCUCCUGAAAAGUUGUGGGCACGAGUGCCCGCUUUUUGACUGCACAAUACACAAUCAAGCUUCCGUUCCUCUUCGAUGACAUCUCCCCUGAGUACGAGACGCUUCAUAAUCCUGGAUGUUGCUCUAUUCCUAGCUUCGCAGGCAGCGGUUUACUGUGCUAUUCGCUGGUACAUCAAGCGGGGUGACAACCGGACAACAAAGAGCGCUGAGGCAAUCAAGAAGCUCAUCGGACAAAAGAACCUCAAGCUGGAUGAGUAUGAGAGAGCGAUAUCAAAGGAGGUUGUACACCCAGACGAAAUCGCCGUUCGAUUCCAGGAUAUCGGGGGUCUGGAGCCAAUCGUAUCAUCUCUCCGUGAAACCAUAAUCUAUCCUUUAAUCCACCCCGCUCUUUUCACCUCAGCCUCUCCCCUUCUUGGAGCCCCGAAAGGGGUUUUACUCUACGGACCCCCGGGAUGUGGAAAGACUAUGCUCGCCCGUGCGCUGGCCAAAGAAUCUGGUGCAACAUUCAUUAACGUUCCCGCAUCAACACUCACAAAUAAGUGGUUCGGUGAGUCCAACAAGCUAGUCGCAGGUCUGUUCAGCCUCGCACGGAAGGUCCAACCUGCGAUCAUAUUUGUCGAUGAGAUCGACUCCUUCUUAAGGGAACGACGUGGAGAUGACCACGAGGUCAUGGGUAUGAUGAAGGCAGAGUUCAUGACUUCAUGGGAUGGCUUGACGUCAGGCUCUGACAGGAUACUAGUGCUGGGCGCGACGAACAGACCAGGUGAUAUUGACCCAGCAAUUUUACGUCGCAUGCCGAAGCGGUUCGCUGUGGCUCUUCCAGAUGCAGAACAGAGAUUCAAAAUUCUGUCCCUAAUGCUCAAGGACACGAAACUGGAUCCCCAUCUUUCCUUACACAUCCUUGCUUCUCAGACGACGGGGUUCUCUGGUUCUGAUUUGCGUGAAUUAUGCCGCAACGCUGCGAUGGUUCCAGUGAGGGAAUGUAUGCGCGCCAUGGAACAUGAUGAAGAAGCGUUGACGAAGGUCGAGAAAGAGGGCUUCAGCAUGCGUUCACUCACCCUCACCGAUUUCUACGAAGCUGAGGGGUCGACGCUGCAGCCACCCGAUCCAGAGGAUGAAGCCAUAUCAUUGCAAGCAUUCGUCGACACUCGCCCAGAACCGAGUCCACAGAUAGACAAGGAUCUUGUAAGAAAGGAAGCUCUGGUUAUCGAGGAGGUUUCCGAGUACGAGAGUGAUAGUGAGUCAAGAUUCCAGACCGACGACGAAUCGACAGUACUUGACGGCGACGAUCAAUCGACUUUAAAAGACGAGAUUAGUGCCGACUCAUGAUACACCAUUCAUUACGCCGCAAGCUUCAUCGCCUGCAUCGAUUUUGAGUAGCACUGAUUAUUGUCAUAUAGAGUAGACAUAACUGAUCAUCUCCACUUUGACAAUUGAUACGAGAUAAACAAUCAGAUUGGUAUUGCAGGAUUACCUUCAUCAUGCUGCAACACG